UCUCAGAGCUUUACACAACUCCAGGAAAUCAGCGCAGUGAAGUUUCGUUUCUUGUGAAAUCGUCAGUCUCUCUGUCUCACUGCAGCAGAAAUGGCAGAAGCGAAUAUUCUGGUAGCGCAUGACCAGUUUAGCUGUCCAGUGUGUCUGGAGAUAUUGAAGGACCCAGUCGCUAUUCCAUGUGGACACAGUUACUGUAUGGGGUGUAUUAAGAACUGCUGGGAUGAGACUGAUCAUACAGGUGUCUACAGCUGCCCCCAGUGCAGAGAGACCUUUACCCCAAGGCCUGUUCUGGGCAGAAACACCAAAUCUGGAGCAGAAGCUUUGUGCUGAACACCAACGAUUAUGCGAGGUCUUCUGUAGAACCGAUCAGACGUGUAUUUGCUGGCUGUGUACAGAAAAGGAACACAAGAGCCAUGAUACAGUCUCAGCUGAGGCAGAAAGGAGUGUGAAACAGAAGCAGCUGGGAGAGACACAGACAGAAAUACAACAGAGAAUCCAGGAGAGACUGAAUGAAAUUGAGGAGCUGAAAAAGGCUGUGGAGUCACUGAAAAGAUCUGCAUGCAUAGAAAUAAAGGAAAGUGAGAAGAUCUUUACUGAGCUGAUCCGAUCCAUUGAGAAGAUCCACACUGAGGUUAUUGAGCUGAUUGGAGCUAACGAGAAGGCUGCAGUGAAUCAGGCUGAAGGACGCAUGAAGAAACUGGAGCAGGAGAUUGCUGAACUAAGGAGGAGAAACACUGAGCUGAAACACCUUUCAGAGACAGAGGAUCACAUCCAUUUUCUACAGAAUUUCCAGUCUCUCUGUGCCCCUCCUGAAGCUGGAGACUUACCCAGCGUUACUGUCAAUACAGACAUCUCUUUUGGGGCUGUGAGGAAAGCUGUAUCUGAACUUAAAGACCAUAUUGAGGACUUCUGCAAGGGGGAAUUAGUCAAAAUAACCAAAACAGUGAAUGAAGUUGCAGUUUACAGUCUGCAGGCUCCAGAGCCAAGGAACAGAGCUGAGUUUUUAAAAUAUUCCUGUCAGCUCACACUGGACCCCAACACAGCGCAUAGAGAGCUCUGUCUGUCUGAAGGGAACAGAAAGGUGACAUGGAGGAGAGAGACCCAGCGAUGUGCUGAUGAUCACCCAGAGAGAUUUGAUCGCUAUACCCAAGUGCUUUGCAGAGAGGGUUUGUCUGGGACUCGCUGUUACUGGGAGAUUGAGUGCAGUGGGGGAGGGGCUGAUAUAGGAGUCACAUAUAAAGGAAUCAGCAGGAAAGGAGUGGAUCAUUCUUGUCGCCUUGGAUGCAAUGACAAGUCCUGGAGUUUGCGCUGCUCUAGUUCCAGUUACACUGCCCUGCACAAUAACAAUGAAACUGCAAUAACUGCCCCCCGCUCCCCCAGAAUAGGAGUGUAUCUGCACUUUAAUGCCGGCACGCUGUCCUUUUAUGGCGUCUCUGACACAAUGACCCUCCUGCACAGAUUCCAAACCACAUUCACUGAGCCCCUCUAUCCUGGGUUUUGGCUUCCUUCUUCUGGUUCCUCUGUAACAAUCUGCCAGCUGAACUAGACUGUUUUGUGUUGUAAGAAACCCUUUGUAUUGAACUCCCUGUCUGUCCUCUCCACUCCUCGGGUGAAGGGAAUGUUCAAUAUGACACAACUUUGGAUGAAAGUUAGGGGGUAAAACGGCGCCACCUGCAGAGCGAAACGAGGUGAAUUAUUUGUUUUUAGCAAUGAAUGGAUUUCAUACGAAGAAACUGUAUUUAAUUUAUUUUUUAAGAAUUGUUAUGUUUUAUAUAUAUUUUAGAAAAUGGCAUCCAAUAGUCAGUGCUGUAACAGUUUUUAAAAAAGUGAACUUAAGUUUGCUUUAUUGUGUGUGUGUUUUUGUUUUUUGAUUUCCAUAAAAUGUUUAAUAUUUCAGAUUUUAGUAAUGUGAUUAAAUAAAAAAAAUUAACGUCAUAGACUGAC